CACACACUCGAAGAUUCAAAUAAAGCAUCAAAAAUUCGAAACCCUAGAUUUCUAAUUCCUCUCGAUUUCCACGAAUUCAAUGGAAAAUUCGACCCAGGAAUCCCACCCCCGACCUGAAAAUGUCGUCACCUACGAAUCCCCCUACCCAAUCUACGCCAUGGCCAUCUCCGCCGUGAACCGCCGCCGCGUCGCCGUUGGCAGCUUCAUCGAGGAGCUGAAGAACCGCGUCGACAUCCUCUCAUUCUCGGAAGAUUCAUCCUCUCUGAAGCCCGUCCCUUCUCUCUCCUUCGACCACCCUUACCCCCCGACGAAAUUGCUCUUCCACCCCUCCGUCUCCGCCCCUUCCAAUCUCCUCGCCUCCUCCGGCGACUUCCUCCGCCUCUGGGAGGUCAAGGACUCCUCAAUCGCGGCCGUCUCCAUGCUCAACAACAGCAAAACCAGCGAGUACUCGGCUCCGCUGACCUCAUUCGACUGGAACGAGGUGGAGCCGCGGAGGAUCGGAACGUCGAGCAUCGACACGACCUGCACGAUUUGGGAUGUCGAGAAGGGCGUGGUGGAGACGCAGCUGAUCGCGCACGACAAGGAGGUUUACGACAUAGCUUGGGGCGAGGCUGGGGUUUUCGCGUCGGUUUCAGCGGACGGCUCCGUGAGGAUCUUCGAUUUGAGGGAUAAGGAGCAUUCCACGAUCAUCUACGAAAGCCCCAUGCCGGAUACGCCGUUGCUGAGAUUGGCUUGGAAUAAGCAGGAUUUGAGGUAUAUGGCCACGAUCUUGAUGGAUAGCAAUAAAAUUGUGAUAUUGGAUAUCAGGUCUCCCACAAUGCCGGUAGCGGAGCUGGAGAGGCAUAGUGCUAGUGUGAAUGCAAUUGCGUGGGCCCCGCAGAGUGCUAGGCAUAUUUGCUCUGCUGGGGACGAUGCGCAGGCCUUGCUUUGGGAGCUGCCCACGGUGGCUGGCCCCAAUGGGAUUGAUCCCAUGUCCAUGUACUCUGCCGGUGCAGAGAUUAACCAGCUGCAGUGGUCGGCUGCCCAGCCGGAUUGGAUUGCCGUUGCGUUUGCCAACAAGAUGCAAAUGCUCAAAGUUUGAGGUACUGUUCUUGGCAACCCGGGCUAGUAUGAUUGUUGGGACGAUUGUCUUAUGAUGAAUGAAGGAUCUCAGAACUUAGAUGGAUUAAGACUACUAUGUUUCUUGAUUUUGUGAAGUUAAAGUGGCCCUAUUAGUUUCUUCUUAUUGGGGCUCUGUUGUAUGUAUUAGUGAAGAUGGUGGUGUAGUUGGUCCUAAGAUUAUGCAUUUGUUCUCCAUAGUCUUGAUAUUGCAAUGUACUGUAGUAUAAUUUGUAGAAAUCAUGGAAUAAAAUAUGUCCGAUCAAUGGAUUUUGACCAAAUAAUAAA